ACGGAAACGGAGGAACCACGAGAUCCCAAUAAAGAUCCAGACCUCACGAGAGAGAAGAGGAAGAAGAAACAAGAAACCUAGAAUAGAAGAAGAUGUUGCUGAGGAGCUCUUCCACCCCAAUCUUGGGAUCCCUCCUCUCCUCCUCCUCCCCUUUCUUCUCUGAAAGCCCCUCCAACAACGGCAGCCGCCACCACCACCACAGCUUGGAGAGAAGCUCCUCUUCCUCCUCCUCCUCUUCCUUCCCCUACGACACCGCACGUCACCCCAACACCUCCCUUCGCUGCCGCUUCUCCCCCCUCUCCGGCUCCUCCGACUGCGACCCCUCCUCCCUAGGCUUCCGAAGAGCCCACUCCGAGGGCAACAUCAAAUACCUUCUCCCCGACGACUCCUACCACCACCACCACCACCUCCCAAUAAAAUCCUCUUCCUCCCGCCGCCGAGCCAACCCAGUUCUUGAGACCAUCCCCUCGUUCUCCAUGGACAGUUCCAAAGAAGAGGAAGAAGAACCGCAAGAAGAUGAAGCAGAAGAGGGCGGUGGUGGGCUCACAAGAUCGGUUACGAUCGGAGAGAUCAUCACAGCAGAAUUUGGCUUCUCAGGCAAGGAUAAAAAUGUCGGCUUGGACGAGAAUUCUCGGGAAAUUGGAAAAGUUGGUGCCAAUGCGGUGCCACCAUUGUAUCUGGCCAGAGGUCUCGGGAUCGAUCGGCUGGGCUCCGGAAUCAUGAAUGCUGGGGGCGGCGGCGGCGGUGGCAAGUUUGCUGUUCUGACCGGCACUGGAGGAGAGCAAUUCGAUAUGGAGACUUAUUAUAAGAUGAUGGUCGAUGAGAACCCGGGCAGUGCUCUGUUCCUGAGAAACUAUGCUCAGUUUCUCUACCAGACCAAGGGUGAUCCUCAAAGAGCCGAGGAGUACUACUCUCGUGCUAUACUUGCAGACCCCAGCGAUGGAGAGAUCCUGUCGCAGUAUGCUAAAUUGGUAUGGGAGCAGCACCAUGAUGAGGAACGAGCUUCUAGUUAUUUCGAACAGGCAGUUCAGGCCACUCCUCAUGAUAGCCAUGUUCUUGCAGCAUAUGCCGGAUUCCUGUGGGAAAAAGAGGACGAUGGAGUAGAAAGUGGAGAAGGUGGUCUAGCACAAGAUGAUGCUGGGGUAUCCAUUAAUCAUGGAGCAUUGGCAUCUGCAACUUAUUGAUCAUAAAGGCAUGGUUUCAGUGUGAAACUAACAAUGUACUGCUUCAAAAACUAACAUGCUGCAUAAUGUGAUGAGGAAUAUCUUGAAAAUAAUGAGAAACAUGGCUAUAUUAUGGAGACA